AUGUACUACAAGUACAACAGCGCCGCUGCGGUCAUCAACAGCCACAUGGUUCUCCGAGAGAUGAGCGGGCUGAGGACGCCUGGGAGGUUCUUGAAGGAGGAGGAGCAGGGAGUGUCGGGGGGAGUGAAGUACGGGCUGCUGAGCACAACGACCGACAUCAAGACGGCUAUCCAGUACGCUGGUCAAGGACUUCAGCCCAUGGUCUUCGAGAUCAGCUGCGGGGCCAUCGACCGGGGAGCUAGCCUGGAGUUCCUAUCUCAUCGUCAGGCAGCUCCAGAUCAGGGAGGUGGAGGGCCGGCGGUGAGACUGGUGAAGCUGAAGUUCAACGUCAACGUCACAACGUCCACGAUCGAGGACUUGGUGGGGAAGAGGAAGCAGCCCUACGUGGCUGUGAUGGAGAACUAG